GAGAUGAUAACACUUGGUUGUUCCAUCCAGUUUGCUCGAGGUUUGUCAGUUCGGUUCGUUCUCCCAAUCGGUGCACUUCGAAGCAACAGUACAAUGGCAAGCAUCGUCCGAAAAAUCAUUCACACGGCUAAAUGCCCAAAAGCCGUAGCUCCAUACAACCAAGCGGUGGUAGCCGACCGCACAGUGUACUGCUCCGGAGUUUUGGGCAUGGAACUGGGAUCGCUCAAGCUGGUUGAGGGUGGAGCUGCCGGUCAAACUGCCAAGGCUUUGGAACACUUAACAACCUUGUUGGAAGCAUCCGGGUCAAGUAUUGAGAAGGUCGUCAAAACAACCAUCCUGCUGGCUGAUAUGAAUGAUUACGGAGCCGUUAAUGAUGAAUACAAAAGAGUGUUCUCCAACAACUUCCCUGCCAGGACGUGCUUUGCGGUGAACAAACUUCCUUUGGGAGCAGCAGUCGAAAUUGAAGCCAUUGCCCUCACCGGAGAGGUGAUUCAAGUGUCCACAUGACUCAACUCGAAAUUGUAACUUCAAGCACGACCCCAUGUUGACCCAGGAAAUUUUGAUAAUAGUGUGAAAUAGGGCGAUAAUUGACAUUCCACAGAUUGCAUCAAGCCAAUGUGUCUUCUGUUACGCUGCUGUUACCAACAGAGGCGGUCGGGCUUGCGGUGAUAGUGAUAGACUGAUUUGUUGAGUAAAUAUUUCUAGAUGCUUGCUAUUAUCUCAGUGAAAUUGAUAUUGUAGUUAUUUGUUUGAAAUAAUAAAUUUCUUAUAUCAACUAAA